GAGGGCAUAGGAAAACCAGAAGUGGUUGUUUCCCCCUAAGACAGACAGACAGACUCGUCUUCAGACUCUACAGAACACAGUUGUCUUCCCUCCACAGAUCAAGCCCUAUCAGACUGAGAGACAUGUCCUCCUCCUCUCUCCCGUGGUGCCUGCUGGUGGUGUGUGUUCUGACUGUGGUCCAGAUCUAUGCAGCAGAGGAACCUAUGGUCCUCAAGGUGUUCAACCUCCAUGCCACUGACCUGCAGAGCAGCCUGCUAGGGACCCCUGAUGCCUACGUCGAGGUGUUCAGAGCGCACGGCUUUCUCGGGAGGACAGAGGUGAAGAACAACAACCACGACCCCAGCUGGAAGGAGGAGUUCAGCUUCCUCAACGCCCGUGAGAACAACAUCUUGAGGUUGGAGGUGUACGACAGCGACAUUUUCUUCGACAACCUGCUGGGGACCUGCGAGCGCUCCAUCAAGAUUGGAAUUUGGCAACAUCAAUGUUUCCUGAAGAAGGGAGGGAGCCUGUAGUACUCCUACACCCUAGAGCCUCUACAGUAGACCCUGUACUACUCCUACACCCUAGAGCCU